GGGUGAGGGGAGGCACCAACGGGUGGAGGAGAAGCUUCCAGAAGUGGGGAGAGAAGCCCCCACCUGUGCCCCCAUAGCUCUGAGGGUUGGGAGGCAGCACCUGCAGCCCUCACCGUCCUGCCCUCAGGCUGCAAGGCUCAUUCCCAAGGGGGCUCUUGGGUUCCCUGAGUGCCUGAGUGUCCACAGGUUGGACCCCCGAGAAGCCCCAGCUGGGGAGUACUCCUCCCUCCCUCCCUGUGGCUGCUUGCCCAGCAGGUUCCCGUGGUGGGGGCACUAAGUGCCCAGAUGGGCCCCAGGGGGCGUGAGGACUCGUGGGGCCGGCUGGGCCCUCAGGAGGAGCUGGGGUGCUCUCGAGCGCCUGUGGGUGCUGGGGUGGCUGCUUCCCUGCCUGUCACGAGGAAGUGGGACCGCCCGCCUGCCACGCCCAGCCCUAGGUGCUCCAGCUGGGCCACAGCCUGGUCCUGCCACUGCGCCAGCCAUGGUGUCCCGGGACCAGGCUCACCUGGGCCCCAAGUAUGUGGGCCUCUGGGACUUCAAGGCCCGGACGGACGAGGAGCUGAGCUUCCGAGCGGGGGACGUCUUCCACGUGGCCAGGAAGGAGGAGCAGUGGUGGUGGGCCACGCUGCUGGACGAGGCGGGUGGGGCCGUGGCCCAGGGCUAUGUGCCCCACAGCUACCUGGCCGAGAGGGAGACCGUGGAGUCGGAACCGUGGUUCUUCGGCUGCAUCUCCCGCUCAGAAGCUGUGCGUCGGCUGCAGGCCGAGGGUAACGCCGCCGGCACCUUCCUGAUCAGGGUCAGCGAGAAGCCAGGCGCCAACUACGUCCUGUCGGUGCGGGACGCGCAGGCUGUGCGGCACUACAAGAUCUGGUGGCGAGCCGGGGGCCAGCUGCACCUGAACGAGGCGGUGUCCUUCCCCAGCCUGUCCGAGCUUGUGAACUACCACAGGGCCCAGAGCCUGUCCCACGGCCUGCGGCUGGCCGCGCCCUGCCGGAAGGUAGCCCCUGAGCCUCUGCCCCACUGGGAUGACUGGGAGAGGCCGAGGGAGGAGUUCACGCUCUGCAGGAAGCUGGGGUCUGGCUACUUUGGGGAGGUCUUCGAGGGGCUCUGGAAAGACCGGGUCCAGGUGGCCAUUAAGGUGAUUUCUCGAGACAACCUCCUGCACCAGCAGACGCUGCAGUCGGAGAUCCAGGCCAUGAAGAAGCUGCGGCACAAACACAUCCUGGCACUGUACGCCGUGGUGUCCGUGGGGGACCCUGUGUACAUCAUCACGGAGCUCAUGGGCAAGGGCAGCCUGCUGGAGCUGCUUCGUGAUUCUGACAAGAAAGUCCUGCCCGUUUCGGAGCUGCUGGACAUCGCCUGGCAGGUGGCUGAGGGCAUGUGUUACCUGGAGUCUCAGAAUUACAUCCACCGGGACCUGGCCGCCAGGAACAUCCUUGUCGGGGAAAACACUCUCUGCAAAGUUGGGGACUUUGGGCUAGCCAGGCUCAUCAAGGAGGACGUCUACCUCUCCCAUGACCGUAACAUCCCCUACAAGUGGACGGCCCCCGAAGCACUCUCCCGAGGCCAUUACUCCACCAAAUCCGACGUGUGGUCCUUUGGGGUUCUCCUGCACGAGAUUUUCAGCAGGGGUCAGGUGCCCUACCCAGGCAUGUCCAACCACGAGGCCUUCCUGAGGGUGGAUGCCGGCUACCGCAUGCCCUGCCCUCUGGAGUGCCCGCCUAGCGUGCACAAGCUGAUGCUGACAUGCUGGUGCAGGGACCCUGAGCAGAGACCCUGCUUCAAGGCCCUUCGGGAGAGGCUUUCCAGCUUCACCAGCUACGAGAACCCGACCUGAGCGGCUGUGGAGCGGGCACAGCCGGGCCCUGCUGAGGAGGGCCCUGGGCAGAGGGCCUGCACCUGGGGUCAAGGCCCACGCGCCACCCUAGGGUUUACUGAGGUGAUGGGUGCAGGAAAGGUUCACAAACGUGGAGUGCCCGCGUCCCACACACGCGUGUGCUCUCGUUCCUCCGUCGUGUGUGCCUUGGGUCUCAGCUGCUGACAGGCAGCCUGCUCCGGAGCCUACAGGUGAGAUCCCGGGAGACUGACACGAAGCCAGCCGAGAUCAGAGGGGAUUCCGACCACAGCCUGCUCUCUGGAUGUCUGUCGGCAGUACCGGCUGAGGGUGGGAGGCAAACACGUCUUGCCCCUGCUUUUCCCAGCUCAGCUUGGCAGGAGAAAGUCAUUCGUACGGCUCGCGACUCUUGUGUAAAUUUGGUUUUGGUGCCCACAGGUGCUUUCCUCCCGGGGACAGGUGUUUCUUUCCUGUUUGUCUUGUACCUCGAGAGCCUGGCUUUGUGACUAGUGAGAACUCUCCCCCUAGUUUCCGCCAGCCCGAGCAUCACUGCCCAAGGCGCCAGCUCUUAGGGGGUUUGUAACAAGAGGUUCCCCAUCCACGAGGGGCUUUUCCCGCCUCCACCUUUGUUGCUGGGUCAGUGCUGGAAAGCACUUCUGACUCCUGCCUGAGAAGGACCCUUCUCUGCUGUCUGUGGGGCGGUUCCGGGCUGGGGGGCUGCCUCCUUUGCACCUGCUUUUGAAGGUGUCUCUUUCAUCCAUGAUUAAGUCAUAAAAAGCUGAUUGGUUUUGGUUUUGACU